GUCUCCCUCCAUCUCCCCUCUCCGGGUUGGAUGUUGAGGCUUGUGCUGAGUAACUCUUUUGUUCACCAAAGCAUCUCUCACAUUGCUACAUGCCUGACUGGAGACAGUACCCACUAGCACCUAGUUUAUAUCAAGACAGAGAGUGUUUACUCCAACAACUGUGGAGAGUGGGAAGUUGGAGGCAAGGAUGAUUUCUCAGAAGCUGGUAAGUAGAAGUGUCAGCAGCACUUUAGAGUGUUUUAAUGAGAGCAUUAAGCUGUAGGUCGUCCUGUGAUCUUGAACUAACUAUUCUGAUGUUUUCUCAUAACAGAUCUGUAGCAAAUAUGAGCGCCGGCAUUCUUCUAGCUACUUAUUCCUUGGAGUACAUUUCUAGCAUGCUUCAUGGUAAGAGGUCCAAAUGAGCCAGGGGGAUUUUCAUUGAUACCUCCAGCGCAAAGGGCUUGAAACUCGAGAGCUGCGAGCAGUAACCCGAGCGCCGCAGACAUGACUUUCCGUAGGCCAGCUGCCCACCUUCGAAGAGCCCCGAGCUGGAGGAAGUCCGGGGAUGAGUACUCCUGGGAGAGCUUGAUAUCAGACGGGGAGGUUUUGCCGCGAUCUUCUCAUCCAACUCGUCCAACUCGACCUCAGAGUGCCAUUGAAGGUGGGCACCUGGAUGGCUGGCUGGAGCACCUCCAGAGGAUGCAAAGCGGCUUCCUGAGGACCCAAGUUCGUGAUCAGCUUCCCGCUUUCAAUGAUCGGACCACUUCCAUGCCAGCUCUGGACAAAGAAACAACCAGACGUUCCUGGGCUCCUUCCUUCAGCAGGGGUUCAUCUUCAUGUGGGAGUCCAAGUUUCUGUGAGAGUUCGCUUGGCAGUCAGGAGUCACUCCAAACAGGAUUUUAUUCCCGUCCGGAGCGGAGAGGAAGCUGGGAGAAAGCUCAUAUCAUGCAGGUCCCAAAGAAGGAGCAGGCCCACCUCAGUUCUAUUGCUCCGGUUAGAAUUGGUUGGCUGCCAAUACAAAGAAAAGUAGUGAUGGCUGAAACUCGCAAGCAAAAUCAGCAAUGGGACCACUCAGCAAGCCAGGUAAAACACUUACAGCAAUUAUUUUUGAACCCUUUGGGAAGCUUUGAAAUGUCUUUUAUCCUCCGGUCUAUAUUUAGAUUAUAAAUAUUUUAAACUCAGACAAACUUUGCCCUUGUACGUGCACAAAAAGGCCUGUAAUAGCAGAUCAGCUUUGGAGUAUUGACUAUGUUUUCCUCAGAGAAUAGCAUUUACACCCGUCCUGAAGGGUAUCAACCUUAUAACAAAGGCGCUGAACUGAUUCACCUCGGGUUAGCACUGACAUUACCACAGACUAUAUGAUUCUGCUUCUUGUAUAGCAGUGAAACAGUAAGCCUCUCAAGUCUGAAAUGCCGUGUAAUAGAGGUGAUGUUGCAUUGUGCCAGGGGAGGCAGGCUACAACAUGCACAGUACCUCAGUGAGACAUUUGUAGUCAAGUCUCAGUUACCCAGGGAGAAGGCACAGCUCUGGCUCCCUUUGAAAACAGCUUAUUCGGCAGGAACUACUUGCAUUCUCUAAAGGUUUAUGGCUCAUUUGAAGCUGCAGCAGCAGAGGCUGAGCUUUGUGCCCCUAAGAGGAUGCAAGUCAAUGUACAGACAGAGACAUUUCAGUGGCUCUAUUACCCAGUGAACUGAUGAUAUGGGAAUCCAAAUCAAUAAGUUGCUGUGCUGUUGUAGAAUUUCAUCUGAGAAGGUACACAAAACCUCAUCUUUUAGUUCUCUUAACUGGAAGAAAAUAUGAAAUCAAAGCAGUUUGGGAUUUUCACAACAGUAACUAAAUCAGGAUUGAUUUUAUUGUUGUGGGGCCUCGUUCGGAGAGAUUAUGCUUAAUGAAACAGAAACUUUGGGGGGAAUACCUCUAAAUUAAUUUUGCCUUUGAAGAGAGUAAGAUGGGAAAAUAUUCAACUCUCUCAGGGCUGCACAGCCAACAAGAAUCUAGUUAUCCUUACAUUUUAUCUUUUAAAGUGUUUGAAAGGCCACCUUUAACAGAAGCUAGCUCACCUUUAACCUUUCCAGCCUUUUUGAGAGGCUAAGCUAACCGUUCUGAGAGGCUAAGCUAACAGUGUUCGUGGCCUACAUUCAUGCGAAAUUGCUUCUUACAUUUAAGACCUAGCAAGAAAAAAAGGUGGAAACUACAUGAAAUAUACAGAAUAUGACACGUUUGGUGAAAAUUCCUGAGGUUUUUGAUUCAUUUUGUCAGCGUAGGAAAACAGGCUAGCUUUUAAUCUUUUUAGCCUUUUGGAGAGGCUAAGCUAACAGUUUUGCGCCGACAAUGUUCGCUCUGUAGCCUAAAUUCAUGUGAAAUCACUUCUUCCAUCUAAGUCCGAGCAAGAAAAAAAGGAAGAAAUUACAUAAAAUAUACAGGAUAUUACAAUUUUAUAAAAAUUCUGGAGGUUUUUGAUUCGUUUAGUUAGCGUAGGAAAACAGGCUAGCUUUGAGGUACUUCUGAUUUUUGAGAACAUAAACAUUUGCAAACUAUUUUGCUAACUCACGAACAUGUAAAUAAAAUCAAUCUUCUCGCCUAAUUCUCGAUGAGCAGAUGUAAGUUUAAAAAAAUACAAUACUUAACAUGUUGAUUAGUUAGUCCUGAAAGUGUUGGUAUGUUUUGGCUACUUUUCUCAUAUGUUCAGCCCUUUGAGAUGCUAAGAUUAGCUUCAUGUUUAUCCUACAAAUGUUAGAUUUUUUAUCAAUCUAAACCAGUUUAAUUAGCAAAAUUGCGCCAUCUGACAAUUACUGUACUGUUUAAGGCAUUAAAUGUGUUCCUUGAUGGUUUCUUAAUUUAACUAAUGUGUUGUUUUUGCAGGUUAAGUUGAAACAACCCAUCACUCCGACUCCAUUUCAGAGGAAUCGACCAACAGCCAUACAUCCAAAUGGUAUGAAAACGUAUUAUUUGUUUCACCAGUUGGCAGUCACUUGUAUAACAGCUGCGUUUUGAAUGAGUGAGGUCAAAAAUACCCUCAUUAUUUCAAAAAAUGCACAAUUAUGCAAGUGUGAUCAUUAUGUAAGAGUCCCAGGUCUACCUUAAAGCAAUACUUUGAAUAACAUACAGUAACUCUCUUACAUAACAGAUAACCCUGAGUUGAACUGUAGUUCUGUUUCAAUUAAUGUUUGGUAGCCUUCAUGGAGCAGACAUAGUUGCAGGUUAACAGCAGAGGUCUGAGUUAGGUCUAAGGUAGAACAAGAGCUGAUUUCAGGGCUGUCACACCGUUUACCUGCCUCUAAUCAGCUCCUUGCAGCAGCGUUGCCCCUGUCACCCCUUAACAUACUCCACACUGAACGAAUGAGUGAUCAAUUUAAACGUCCCCUCUUCCAGAAAGAAACGUCGAUUUCAAAUGCAGCUGGUCUUUAAUGAUGAAACACAGUGUUUAGGAUGGAUUCACGGUGAAGUGAAAGGGCAUUGUUAGGCUUUAAAAAAAGUAAUAAAAAGAGAUCUGGAUGGUCAAAAGAUAAGAAGAAGACUCGAAGAAAGAGCCCGUUUAAUCUUUGAACAUGUCAGCCUUACACUUCCUGCGCUUGAUCUGAGGUUUGAUCUUUAAACCUCGUCCUUGUUUACACAUAGAUUAUCCAAGCGGGGCUCGGGCAACUCGCAGAAAUCAAAGCGAUCCAUCCUUGGCAGCGAGUGGAACUGUGAAAGAAAGUAAAGAUGUGUUUGGGAAUGUAAAAGCAAACAGAAAUUCAUACGCAACACAGACAAGCUCUUGGAAAUAUAGGUUGCUGUUAAAAGUUUUAACAAACUAUCUCUGUAUGUUUCAAAUGUUGGUAAAAAUUUCCAUUUUCUACAGCUCAUCUGAGCCAUGUUUUGUAUGCACGAUGAAUUCUGUUCAGCCGCUGAGUAACAAAUAACAUCCAAACAAAGAACAACUUGCGACUCUCUAUUUGACGGAAAAUAUUUCCAGUGAUGCUGUAAGAACAAUGACAAAAAUAUUUACUCGUCAAUCAAACGGGUCAUAAAUAUUCAGAUUUAACUCACUUUGCCGUGAAUAAUAAGAAUAUGCAGGAGCAGGUACACAAGUUAUCCAGGGAUAAAAUCUGAAUGAUAAAUAAAAGAAAGACAAUCGACGAAUAAACACACACAAAAAACAAUAACCACAAUAAUGCACAAAAGCAUUCAAGCACUCCUUGUUUUGGUGCUGUCCUUUUCUCAGUAUGUUUUGAAUUUAACAUCUGAAGCCAAAUGGCGCUAUUAAAAAUGCGAACGGCAGUUUUGCUGGAAAGAAUUGACUUGGUUACACUCCAGCUAGCAUAUUAUCCCACCUUUUCUCCUUCAUUUGAUUUCCCUCUCUGUCUGGUUGUUGCUGACAAGCUUUGGGAAAAUAGUUUUAAUCAGACUCCGGGUUCCAGCACACACACUUAUGCCCUCUCCCUCCAUAAAAGUCACAUUUGACGAACUUGAAAUGGCCCAAUGUUAAUGAGCAAAUGAUAACGAAUUGGUUCUUCUGCUCCAAGGGUUCAUGUUUAGACAGGCUGGCCAAUUUCCACCCUGCUAACGCUCACUAUUUAGAUAAAACUCAUGAGGAAGGGGAAUAAAUUGGGAGGGUGGGGACUUCACAGGGUAUUUGCCAUAUGGCCUGGCUUCUUUAUUUCCCUCUGGGAUAUUAAAGCCUGCUGUUGAUCCAGAAAAAAUGGUCAUUUGAGCUCUGCUGCUGGAGGUAAUGAGAGAAGCUCUUUAAGCGGGGGCUCAGGCUAGUGUGGGGCCUUUCACAGAGAGCAAAAUAUGAUGGAUAGAGUUGGAAGAAGGUAAAACAAUGUAUUAAAAAAGACUAGAGGAUAGCACCACUGACUCAUCCUAAGUGACGUUUGCGAAAUGAAGAAAUUCCCACUUUGUUCCUUGUUUUUAUACCUUGAAAUGAAUAAUAAAACACAGAUUACCCACACAGCAUUCAAGGGUUAUCCCAAAGUGAAAGCCAGUCGCCAUGGUAACUGCAGCAGGUGGAGAUGGGACUAAGCGGGCAGGCAGUCAGGGUGGCAAUAGAGAGUAUCAGUCAGGGCUGAGAAGCAGACCAAGUCAAGUCCCCGCGUCUCCUGGGGAAGCGGAGAAGUGGCUCCGGGGUGGUGCAAGACUCACUUUACUGUGUCAACGUCAAUUAUUGACAGUGUCAACACUGCUGCACUGUCACAGGAAUGCAUGACUUGUUUCUGUGUGUGAGAGUAAAAUUGAGAGCGAUAAAGAGAGGGAGAAGAGGGGGAUGUCUUGUGAGGUGUGUGACUGUGGAUCAUUUGUUUUGCCUUGAUACAUAGAUGGAGAGGUGGAGAGGAGUCACAGCGGUCUGAGCGCUUGGGGUGUGAAGACGUGGCAGACACCUGAUCAAGGCUCCCACAUAAUUAAACAGGUAACUGAUGACGUCUCCAGAUGAUUGCGUUUAACGCAUUAAUAAUUUAAUAUUUGGUAUGUAAAUGUCAGGGAGUAAGCGUGUAUUUGCCUAGAUACUAAAGCGAAGCUGAGUCUUCUCCUAGCACUGUGUUUGUAUUAUGUGUUUUGACACCCAGGCCUGUAUUUCCUGUUUCCAAUCAUGGUACAUUUGCAGUGCUGGCCUGGAGAUACACUCACAGACCUCAGUGACCAAAGGUCUUAUUAGCCGAAGAAUUACUUUAAUGUUUGUCCAUUAAAUUCAAAAGUCAGGUGUCAUUUGAAAUGUUAAUCUUGCUUCCUGGCAGGGGUGUGUCCAAAGGGGUGGCUAGGGGUGGAAUGGGCCCUGCUUGAAACCUGAUUGGCUAACCGCAGUGACACCCCUUUACCCUGUAAUUGGUCAUUUGGCAUGUCAGAGGCAGCAAUAAUGUCAGACUCACUAAUUUGGACUGUGUGGGGACAGGAAGCUAGUGUUUUUUUAAUUAAUGCAAAUUAUGUAUUUGGACAUUGACAAGUUUUUCCAUAAAAAUACACACACACAAAAAAACGUGUUAUCGCCCUACAUAUAUGAUUGAGUAGUGAAUUGAGUUGAUCUUGUAGUUUUCUGUAUACUGUUGUGUUAACUUCAUAAGUCAUAAGAAUAGGAUGGUGCAAUAAAGUGGCCUACUUUAAAAUCCACUCACUUUGUGAGGCUGUCAGCUUUUUAGUGUGUAUUUUUGCAACAUCCAGAAGCCUCUCUAUCACACAGGGAUGAUCCAAUCCCUUAAAAACAAAGGUAAACAGCGAUGGUUUUAAUGUUGUUUUCAUUGAAGCAGCUUUGUUUCUGUUGGUAGCUGAAUCCGCUAAAUAGAGGCGGCCAUCUUUAUUCCAGGCGGUUGAUAAUUAGAUGCUGUAUUUGUGAUCAGCCUCUAGAUGUCUAGUGAGAGUUAAUUGAAACAGACUGGAAUGGACUUAUACAGUUUUAGUAUCUGUGCUCUGUCUAUUUUCUUAUAUAUAGAGAGAGCGUCAUAUACCGGUCCAACUUCAGGCCACAGCAAGGCUUGUGGCUUGAAGUUGGACCAGCCACCAGAGGAACAAGGUCUCGAGUUUACGGGGUGCCCUUUAAUCACUGAACAUAAUGGACACCUGAUAACCGCUUGUUAUCCACAGUCCAACUAUCAUUUGAAAGGGAAUCAUAAAUGACAGACAUUUGUGAUAAAGCAGUCCGAGGGAUCAAAGAUGAAAAGAUUUCAGAUUGCAGACUUUAAGUUGAGAAAGAAAAAUGAUAGAACUUCUCUUCAAACUUUAAAGAGUGGCUUAACAAAUCAGAGGAUGAAGAUAACAGGUCAAAGCCUCUAUAAGCUGUACCUCAUCAGAAUGCAGAAAGAGUUACUGAAGCAAUAAGAGAGUUUACUCAUGAUCCAGACGAAGACAGUGACUGAUGUCAGACUUCUUUACUUUAUGGAGCAUUAUCAUCGCAGAUGUCAGGGUCUGUGUGCUCCGUACUUGCUGCAGAGUUUACCCAAGGCAAUUCAAAAUCAGACAUUUUGUGCAGAAGACAAACAAUGUCUCAUUGUUGUCUUGUUCAAGAUUAAACAGGUCUAACAGGACUGAACUGCCUGAAACCUUCAUUAACUCUCAAAGCCGUACUGUCAUACCCUCAUGUUUCUCUAAAAGUGGAUUUAUGUAAUUUGUAGGUUUGGUUCUUGAUAAAAUUCCUCAACGGUGAAGUAAGAAAUACCAACAUAUUCUUCUUCUUUAGAAAUCAUGCUGCUGCGUUGAUAUAUAGAGGAUUUAAAGGGUUUUUGCAUUGCAGACCUGUUGUCAACAAGGUAAUAUCAGCACUCCUCCAUGCUUCAUAGACACUAUCAGUCCUUUAACCUGAAGACCGGAGUCUGAGCUUUUCUUUUGCCUCUCAGUUUCUGUCGAGGAUAGAGUCUCAUUGUGAUUCUGCGAGGGAUAAGUCACGCUGUAUGCUGCCUUUGCUUGCUGCUGCUUUCACUGCUGCUGGGGCAUUCUCUGUGUCAAGCAUGGGAAGAGUCAUCUGACUAAAGAGAGCAAACACUACAGCCCUGAAGGAAUACAAGACAGCUGACCUGCUGCUGAAAUGAAGUAUUAGAGAGAUGUCAUACUGUCAAUUCCUCAUGGUGCACUGAAUGAUGUUUUUCUACAUUUUGUAUAUUUACAGCGUAAAAACAUGGGCAAGACGAGCGCACGGCAUUGUUUGAUUGAUGACUUAACAUUCAGCAAGGGACAUUUGCAUCAACAGGGGGGCGAGGCUGAGGUUUUGAGCAUAAUUAUGCAUAUUUAUUAAAGUGAAUCUCUUUUAUCCAGGUGCCAGAGAAACGAAGCUUUCUGGCUAAUGAAGGCGACAGACCUGUAGGCUGGCCAGCUCUGAGGAGAGGCUGGAAUACCAACAGGGUUUCUGCUUUCCCUGGAGGCAGUCACUCCACGGAGACCAGCUCGGACCCCAGUGGGAAGUCCCCUCUGAUGAAAACAAGCAGCACAGAGCGCCUAAAGCAAACUCCUCUGCAUCAAACAACUGCUGCUGAUCUCUGCAAACCACCAACACUGCUACAAGGCACAAACAGUACAGAUACGUACAAGCCGUGUACUCCUUUGCAUAGGACUGGUAGUGUUCAGCCUUUAAAGGCAACAGUACCGCUUUGUGAAACCAACAGUGGCUCUAGUGUGACUUCAAUCGUCCCUCAGAGCAAAACAAGCUUCUCCUCCAUCACCAUCUCCUCGAGGAAGGUGUGCAGGUCGGCCAGUUUACCAGGGUCGGACACCUACAAGAACUUUCCUCAUUCAUGUGAAUCCCCUUCCCCGACACCCUCUGAUAAGUCCAUGGACCCAAACCCGAGGCAAGUAACGGUGCAGAGGAAGGCCACAAUAGUGAAAGUUACAGAGCAAAGGGUGGUUUCGAGUCCUGCCUCGAACACGCAAAAUGCAGUGACACCACCCGAUAGCCAUGCUUCGGACACAGUCGUCCAAAGACGGAAGGCAACGAUCAUCAAGGUAACAGAGCGCAGGGAGAGCUACACUCCAUCCAAAGUCGGGGUAAGAAAUCCAGAGUUUAGACACAGCUUCACAGAGGGACUGUACAAACAUAACACCUCAUGGAGUCAAGGAGACAAUUCAGGAAACAAUGCCACACCUUCGUACUCCAACCUCGAUUCCGCCAAGGCGCCAAACUCUUCGGUAUCACCAGAUUCAUCCACUUCAGAACCAGAGAAAAACAAUAAAGCCCUACACAGAUCCACUCUCAAUCUAUUCGUGAGCAACCCCCCUGCUAUAGAAGCACCAGCUCCCUUUGAGGUUUCUCCCAGAGCUGUUGGACACAGAUCGGACAGGCCGCAAAGACCACAGAGCUGCUACGGCAAUGUGUUUGGACACUCUGCAACAAGCAACAAUGAUGUGACAAAGCCAGUUGCCAGGAAAUGGAGCUUUGGCCUUCCACUAGAGACCAACAUCAACCCCGCGAACUCAGACAGCGGUGGUUUCAACAGCCCUCAGACGGCAGCGAAGGAACCAGGUCAGCUAGAGGCGGAUACCUUCAAGCCAAAUGGAAGCGAGAAAGACGAAACAUUGCCGCCAGAGAGUGCAGGGAGGAGACCGUCCCCCUGUCUAACUCUCAUCAAGGCCCCUGGUAGGGUUUAUUUUUUUCUCUCUCUGGUAUUUUUCUUGUCAGCACACUGGCUCCCUUUGUCUCUGAUCUGCAUUUUCAAAGGAUAGAAAUGUCUAAAUAUACUCUCCCCUUGUGCCGUUUGUGUGUUCUAGCUUGAAGUUAUUACACACACUCGAGCGUUCUGGGGCUGAACCUCUCAGGUUUGAUAUGUCUUUCACCUUUGAUGUCUUAUUGAUAGGCAUAAUUAGAUCUAUCGUGCUUCCGUUAUCCACAGCCUCAAGUGUGUUUGACACCGCACCAAUGUCAAAUAGCAUCACCAAUUCGCCUAGGCCCCCGUUGGCACCCAUAGACACUUUCUCAUUUUCACCGUCUUUCAUUUUCCCACGCACCUCUUUGCGUGCAUAAUCUAUUUUCGCCUCCUUUUUCACUGAUGGCACAUGGGAGGAGGAGAAAUCACAAGCUGCUAAACAUGACGAAAAUAAGGACGAAUUGUGUGAGAAUCAGUUUUGGCGUGUGGAUCCUCUGUGGCAGCUGAUAUAUUUAGGAUGUAUUUGUUCGUUUUAAUAGCAACGAAGGGACAAAAAUAUGUAUAAAUACUUAUAUUAUGUGGAACCCUGUCUCUUAAAUUUAAAAACCCUAUUCCUGUCAGGUAAAUACUCCAUAAAAUGAUCAUUUCAGUCUGCUUAAUACAAAAAAGGAAAAGGGCCACAACAAGAGAAAAAGUUGAAGGAGGGAGAUUUUUUUAAUUUCCAUUUCAAGAUUACAGACGAAAUUUUAAAAAGUUGAUCUUUCGACUUUAUUCAUGUCGACUUUAAUCUUAAAAUUUUGCCUUUAAUCUAAAAUUUUUUAAUAUUUUUAAUCUAAAUAUUUUGACAAGUUUCACGACAUUUCAUAAUCUCAAAAAUUUAAACUUUAAUCUCGAAAUUACAAAUUUUCACCUCAAAAUUUCGAGUUUAGAGACAUAAUUUAUAUUGUUUAAUCCUGAAAUUUCGACAUUAUUCACGACACUUUGUAAUCUCAAAAUUUCGACUUUAAUUUCGAAAUUUCAAUUUUUAAUCUCGAAGUUUCGAAUUUAUAGACAUUAUUUAGAUUUUUUUUUAAUCUAGAAACUUCAACCUUAAUCUUGAAAUUUCAACUUUCAUCUCAAAAGUAAAAUUUUUAAUCUUAAACUUUAAAUUUUGUAGACAUAAUUUUAAUGUUUUUAAUCUCAAAAUUUUGACUUUAAUCUCCUUCCUGUAUUCAUUUUUUUUCUCUUUAUGUGCCCCUUAUCCUCUUUUGUGGUUUAGUAAUUUACUAAAAGUUCCUUACAGGAGCUUUAAUCAACAUGGGCAGAUGCCUCUUGGUUGAUAACAUGUGGAGGGAGUUUUCUUUGUUCAUUAUGGCUUUCAUCUCUGUGAAAUCCUUAAUUAUUCUUUAAUCACAUUCAUUAACUUUCCCAUCAGUUCAUAACAGAGUCCUGUAGGGAACACAACUUAAAGUCGGUGUUUCCUCCGAAAAGGACAUCAUGAGAUUUUCAAAUCCGCCUGUGGUGUAGUACAGGCAGAUAUCAGCCAGUGUCACUAUUUUGGUAACUCCUCAGUAACAUCAAAGUCCUCUCUCUUUCAGAUCCUGACUCAAAUCAGUCUCCAGAGGAAGUGCUUGCCCUCAAUGCGGCUGCCAUCAUUGCAAAUAUCAAACUCCAAAGACAGCUCAGUAAGAAGAGGACACCAAAUGGAAAUUCGGAGAAGGACUCCACGGCUUCACCUCAGGGAAAUACGGGUAUUAUUACUUCCCCUUUUCCCUCUUAUGCAAUCCUAAUUUCUCACCGUAUAAAACAUUGAUCUUGGUAACAAUUACCUGAAAAUAAUGCAAGCUCCACUCUUGCUUUCCUGAGCCGCAUCUUUGACUGAAUCAAUAAGCAUACAGGGAAAUUAUACCCUGCUUAUUUGAUUCAUUCUCAACAGCAAUAUGGCGAACUCGGAGGCUUGAGAGGCCGAGCCGGCUGGGUGUUAAUAAAAGCAAACUAUUUGAUUUCCUCUGCCUUUGUAGUGACAGAUAAGGGGACAUGUAUGAAGCCACAUCCAGAUCAAAGCCCAGUCCAGGACCAUGAACGGCCUCCUGCUGAGUUUGUUCCACUGAGUCUGGAACCUGAAAGGUCACCUGAAACCAUUUCUCUGCAGGUGAGUCAGAGGUAUAGUUUAGCUAAUUAAUGCUGGCUGUGCAUGGAGGUGGACUCCUCCUGAAGCCAGGCACAGAUUCUCUACGGUCAUGAUUGGGUGGUGGAGCAAAAUUCUUAUGACUUUACCCCCUCCCCCAACAAAAAAUACCAAAUAUCCCUUUUAUGUAAGAAAAAAAGACUCGAAACCUCUAAGCCAUGAAACCCAAGUAUUAAAGAAAGCCAAAACAGGUUUUAUCUUUUUUUCAGGAUCCCUCGCUUCAGGUAGGUUCCCUCUAAAAUAAACUACAAUGUCAGCAAAAACGAAGCUGACUUUGAAGUAUACCAUGGGAUCCCCCAGGGCUUUAGUCUAGGGCCACUUGGAUUUGACAUGUUUGAAAUGGGGUAUAGUUGAGGUUUAAUGUUCUGUUAUGAAGAGAAAUCUGUCUCUGUCUUUUUGGCAGGAAGCGCUGCAGAGGUCCAGACCAGACUUCAUCAGUCGUUCCCAGGGCAGGAUGCGAGAACUGGAGCGGAGAGCUCAGGAGAGAAAGGAGCUGGCGGUUUCGAGAGGCCCCCGGUCAGGAGCUACUCCAAGGCAGAGGAGAGUCCACAGCACCCGGCCCGCAGCUCAGAAGGGUAUUGAGCCAGCAGCUAUUCUCACCUCUCUCUUUUACUGUGCUGCCCAUUGUCCCAUCCCAGCUGAGCAGUGGUUUGCCACAUGACCAAUCACACACAUACAGACACAGAGCAGAGAGAAAGAGGAGGGAGUCAGCCAGUGUGUGUUGUUUUAGGAAAGCUCAGACAUAAAACAACAUUUUCAUGUAUAUAUUUCACUUGAUUUGUCACGUUAUCCUCUGAAAUCCUCUAUUAAACCCUAAAACUUUUACAGAAGUAGCAACUAACGGCUCAACACAAUACAUCUAUACAGUUCCUUUAAUAGAAACUUGUGUGUUUUUGUAUGAAGGAGGAACAGAUGGAGAAAAUGAGCAAUAAUUGAAAAGUAGAGGUUAAAAUUGGAAAGACUUAAAGCUCCUGUGUGGUAUUUUCAACCAGGUAUGAAACAGGCAAAAUCUUAUUUUGAUGACUCUUUAGUAUCUACAAAAGCAAAUCAGUGCAUAAGCAAGAAGUUCACUAUUACUGAAUAGUUAUUUAUUGGGGAUUUAUUGCAAAAAAAAACUGCCUUUAUUUUACCACAAUUGUGAACUUUCGAUAAAUUUGACCAGUUUUGUCAUAGAAAAAAACAACAUUAUUCAUAUACAGGACGAAACAAAAAAAACACAGUUUGCUUUGUAAAGUUGUGGUCCCAAAAUCAACACAAUUGAAAAGUCCCCUAUGGGAGCUUUAAAAAGUACAUAACUGAAAACAAACAUAUCUGUAAAACUACUUCAAACACCAAAAGUGAGAGUUUUUCUUUGGGUGCAUAAUAACAUAGGGAUAGGUCAAUAGAUUAAAGCUCCUGUUUGGAACUUUCUAUCUGUGUUGAUGUUGGCGCCCCCUGUGGACAAAGCAGUAACCCUUACACUAUUGCUAAUUUUGCCUGGUCCCUCUUAAAGAGUUGUUAAUUGACAGAAAAUCUUCUCUUGUUGUAAUUUGACAAUGAAAUUUAUACAGACGAUGGGUCACAAUAGAGAAAUUGUGAAUCUUGCCGUUGAUGGUCUCAUUUACCUCAUCUGAGAUACAUCACAGUUUAUUUCAGCCUGUUUCAUAACCAAUCAAAAACUCCUCACAGGAGCUUUAAAAACUCAUAAAACUAAUGUAGCACAAAGGCUGGUGACUGAAAUCAAACUAAAAGGACUUUUCAGACACAUUUUUCUGGCACAUCGGGCUCAGCUGUGACCAAAUAUAAUAAAAGUCACAUCAUGUUUGAUUCGACACAAAUGGUUUCAUCGUGUAUAUUUUAUUAAAGUGUUCCUCUAUUGAAUUACAAGGUUUUAGGAUGAUUGCAAGAAUUGGAUUCCAGCAGAAAUAUUUAUCUGACCUUCAAAUAUCAUUAAGCUCUAGGUGCAGUGUUCAGUCUGAUUUAGAGAGCCAGGCUUCUCAGUGUACAAUCAAGAGUACACUGUGGAGAUAUGUGACAGAGAUUUAGUAGUGUUCUCUGCCCUCUACUGGCCGAGGGAGGAACAUACACUAACAGGUCAAGAACAGAUACAGUUUCCAGUGAUUAUAAAUUAUGAUAAAAUCCACUAUUUUUAAUCUUUUUAAUGUUGGUACAUACUUGUCUUUUUUUUAAUUUGAUGAAAAUAUAUUGAAGAAGGUUGAAUACAUGCCUUUUCUGGGUAGAGUGCAGCUCAAUUAGUGUUGUCUGUGUGUAUUUGUAUGUGAUUGUGCGCGUGCGUGUGUGUGUGUGCUCUUGUUUCCAGAUAACCUUUUGAAACCCAGAGAUAAAGCUAUUGCCGGGAAAGAGAUGCAGCCCAGAUCCAAGCGGUGAGUUCCAUCUCAAUCUCAAUCUUGGCACGCUGUCAGGCUUCCCCUUUGAAGGCAGGUUUAUUCUUAUCUCGUGUAUUUCUUCACAAGUGAGGCAAAGCCGGUAUCGCCAACAUCUCCGCGCAAAACAAGCCGCUCUUGUUUCUCUGGCAAGAAAUUCACACAUUUAUGUUUGAUUUCUUUUCAUCUCCGCAUCACCCUUUUUGGCCGGACCAUCUAUUGAUUCAGGGGGAAAUGUUAGACGGAGAUGUUUACUGAAGAUUUAUAUUUAUAGCAUAGUUUGAAUACAUAAAUAAAUGUAGUAAUUAACAGUCAGGUAACGCUAGGGAUCUCAGCUCUUGGUUGCCAAUUCUUGUGAAUGUAAAAAGAUGAUUCAUCUUGGCCUUAUGUUUCAUAUGCCAUGCUUUAUUCCUUAUGGGGUGCUUAUAUGCUGUUCUUAUAUCAACUUUUCUGCCAAAUCACUGUGAAAACUCUUGUUUUUAUAGCUGCCGUAUCAUAAUAAUUAUUAUUAUUCAACCAAUUCUUCUUUAUUUGCAGCUUAUCCAACUCUUUAAAGUCUUAACUCUGAUUUUCUUACAGAAUAUCUGCAGAGGUGAAGAAGAAAAAAGAGGAGGAGAGGAAGAGAGAAGUCAUUUUGACAAACAAACAGCGAGUUGAACUUUUCAAAAAGGUAAUCUUCUUAUCUUUCUGUCCAGGUGUAGAUACAUUGAUUCAACUCACUUACUUGAAGUUACGCAAAUUUUACCUAUUUAAUCCCACAUUUAAAGCUCCUGUUUUGUGUCGAUUUUUGUGCCCCUACUGACAAAGCAGUCCUAAUCUAACUUAUCUUUUAUGUCAAUGUCAAUGUCAGCUUUAUUUAUAUAGCACGUUUAAAAACAGCCAGUGGCCUACCAGAGUGCUUUACAGUAAAAUAGCCAGAGACAGUAAAAACAAUAAAAACAUAAUAUAAAAACAUAAAACAACAAUAUAGAUAAACAUAGCACACAAAUAAAAUACCCAAUAAAAGUAGCUAUACUUCCCCAAAAGCUAAAGUGAACAGGUGUGUCUUCAGGAGUGUUUAUAUGCAUGAGGUGUCUUUCCUUGAAAAAUCUAAUUCUGUUGACUUUUGGCAGUCAAAUUUCAUAUUUAGUGUUAAUAUUUUAAGCUGAAGUUGUAAAAACUGGGUUGUUUCUUUAACAAUGACUGACACCUACCACCCUUGCACCAGUUUCAAGUAUAACAAAUGACAAAAUAUAAACCGUCAGUCUUGAUGCUGAUUGUCAGGAAAAUGUAUUAGUGUUAAAUUCAGUCUGUUCCAUAAAUCUCCUCAUGGGAACUUUAAAAAUUCAGAUCUCUGAGUUAUAUUACACCAAAUUCGUCAGACUGAAUUUGUGGAACUUGUGUCCUAAAUGAUGAAAAUUAAAUGAAAAAUCCCAUCUUCAUGAUUCCCAUCUGGUGUAAAACUAGCAUGAAAUGUUUGGUUUCAAUAUUCAAAUAUGUAAACAUCAAAUAGAGUGAGAGAGGCAGAGAGAAACAGUGUUUCAAAUGCACAUAUGGUGAGUAAAACAACAAGAUAACAACACUCUCACAUUUAUUUAAACAGAAGGAUUUAUAAAGGCAGAAAAAAAGGAGGCAGGAAGAUUAUCCACCAUGGAAUUACAUCAAAUAACCUGAGCGCAGUGUGCCACAGUGUUAACAAGUCCUCUAACAAGCUUGAGACACUGAGCAGAACAUUAAUUGUGUAUAUGACCCACACGCAAUUGAGCAAGUAAUAACACACCUUUCUCUUACAAGCUCAAUUAAACCUCGCAAAGGUUGAGACAUUUUGCAGUAAUGGGCAACGCUAAAUGGCUGUAGAAAUAAUGCUGCUAUUUCUGUCCUCACAGCAGUACAGCUGCUGAAAGUAAUGGCUUCACGGCGCUCACCAACUCCAUUUAGCUCCACUGUGGAGUCGGUCAUAUGAGACUAAAUUUAAAGGAUAUUAAGUGAAGUUUACACCAGGAAAAAAAAGAGGAUUGUUGAUACACAAAACUGAAUUCUGGAUGCUGCUUUGGGACAAAUUACAAUAAAUAACUUACAAGCGAAUCUGAUGUUUAUUCUCUAAUGAACUCUUACUCAUUAGCAUCUUCUUCCCCUCUCAUAGGGCUCACAUUUGUGGUGUUUUUUCAAAGGAGGAGGUCUUAUUUUUAUAUUAUUUAAAGAUAAUUAAAGACCUUCCCCUGAUUGUUUUGUCACUUGUGGUUGAUACUUAUGGGGAAUUACGUGUCUCUGUGUCUCUGCUUUCCUUCUUCAGACAAAUUGUAAUGUAUAAAAGGCCAAAUGUUUUGUUUAAUUAAUUGCUGUUCAGUCGUAAUGGUCAUAAUUUCAACACAAGGCAUGCAUCAAAUGGUUAUUUCACACUUCCACUCACCAAUACUAACUCUGGACAGCGUACUGUCAUGUUCAGAGGUAUGAAAAUAUGGAAUAGUCUUCCUUCUGUUAUUACAAGGUAAACAGUAAACAUGUUUAAAAAGAAGGUAUACCGAUAUCUUAAGACUCAGACCUAGACUAGGUUGCGAUAACAUACUAUACAUGCAAAGGGGAUUUUGACAAGAUCAGUGCAGUCUGUGUUUAUAUGUUGGCAGGUGUCAUUACUGUCAUGUCUACGACUUCGCUAUCAAGUUUAAUUUUGCAAACAGAAAACAAGCACAAAAAUAAGUAACUAUGAAUGAGUUUUCUGGGGUAAUAAUACAAGAAGGCAAAAAGCACCCAAAUAUUGUUUUCUCUUGUCUCUCAUGGCUUCUGUAACAUUUGCUGGUAGUAUCUAUGCAGAAGUAUGAAGGUCAUGUUUGACUUUGUGCUUCUGUAUUAAAUGCAUCGUUUAAAAUAAAUGUUUUCUUCUAGCAUAUAUAUUUUUUUAUGUCACAUUAAAGAGACCCUCCUGUCCCUGCUUUCAGAUCAGUGAGUUUAUCCUUCCAGCAGAGGUCGCCGUUGUUUCAUACUUCCUUAUUUUCUGCACUGAGUUGAUCAGAGAGCCUGAUCUUUAGCAGAAAAACAUUUCAGCCUGUGCAGUGGGUGCUUUAGGUGUUGUUUAUCACAUAGUCAGUAACUGUCACCAGUUACAAAACAAAGUUUGAUUUGCUUGAGGAAUUCGACUCGCUCUCCUUCCUCGCAGCCCUGAAUCUCUCUAUUUCUCUCUCUCUCUUUCUCGCUCGCUCUCAUUAUGGAGAAAAAAAAACGUGAACAGUGUCAUUGUGUCGAGUGUAUGAGGCCUGUGUUUCUCCUGAAACAAAAGGCCCUUCAGUCGCAGAAGCAGCAGCUACAGUGCUGUGCCACCAUUCAGCCGAGAUGCAGACAGUGUGGGUGCCCACACACAGCUGCUUCACCUACACUGCUGCUGUGGCAGACAACAACACAGGGGGGUGGAGACCUGGAUGAUGGGGGUUUGGUGAUAGUGACCUCCAAUCUGACGUCUGGUAAUCUGGCCACUUAUUUUUUUUUUAACAAAUACAAAUAACUAGAUUGAAAUAUGAUAAAUAUUUGUUUUUUCUAUAUUAUUUCAGAUAGAAACAACCACAAAAUAACCACAAACAGCAACAGGGUUUGAGCGUCACGUAUGCUAAAGGCUUGAUUGAGCAAAAAGAAAGCACCAACAGACUACAAGUGACUAAGACCUUGUGCGGGGGCUGCUGUCAUUUUCUGCAACUCUUUAGAAUCCCAAUGGACCUCAGACUUCAUCAUGAAUUUACUGUAAUGUAGUGUAUAACUGAAAACAGGCUGACUUAGCGAGUGAUUAUGCAAAGUAGAAUCCCUUUUACAUCAGUCCACCAAAGCAGCUGUCAGCAGGAUCCUUUUUUCACUAGUUGCGUGUGUGAAUGUAAAUAGAGUCGUACAGAUAAAUGCACAUAAAUCAAAGUAGCUGAAGUCGUCACAGCCGUGCUAGUAUUCAGCAGAACAACACAACUCUUUCAUUUAAUGCUUUAAUCAUUUAAAUUUUUCAUUUCUCAUUGCAGAGACUUUUGGAUCAGAUUCUCCAUAGGAGCAGCAGCUGAAUGAGUGACAGCGGAGGAAGAUGAUGACAGUAUAAUGGAUGGAUAAAGUGAACUCUGACCGGGGACAGUCCUGCAGAUGAACUGAAACAUCCAUGUCUGCAGAUGUCCGUUCAGCUGUCUUUGUUUCUCCCACGUACGAGCAUUACAUUCAAGCUAGAAAGCGCAACAUCUGUUUUUCUGAAGGACAAAAAAAUCCAGGGCAAUCUUUCAAGAACCCUGAAGGUUAUUCAACAACACUUAGCGCUGUUAUGAAGGUUUUUCCAGGACCUUCAAAGACUCUUUUUUUUUUCCCCCCAUCGGUAUGAAAAAAAAUAUUUGGAUACCCUUGGGCAAUGCGGAUCUUAAGGAUUAGAGAGGUUUUGUCAAAUGACCUUAUGGGUUUCUACAAAGAUUGCUGCAGAUUUGUCUUUGUGAAAAACAGCCGUGUAUUUGCAGGAGUCAGCUCUCCUUGCUGCCCUUGUUGUGUGCAGUCACAAAGGAAGAUAGCCAGAGAGAAUGAAGACUGAAUGAAAACAUGUCUGAAUGUCCUGCUUUUGUGGUAAUCUCAUGUCAAAUCAGCCUCAUAAACACGAUUCGACCCUUUUGACGCAACAUGUAAAAAUGGAAAUGUAUCCUGUUUAUCUGCAUUAUCUUCUUUCACUUGAUUGCAAAUUGCCUCGCUCCCAAAUGAGAUGCAGAGUGGCCCCUCGCUGCACGAUACCGCGCUGAUGUCCUCAUGCAGCCACUUCCACAUGAUCUCAUGUGAUGUGAAGCAGUGAUAGAAGACAGAAUCGUUCAUUAUGCUUUGCGGGGUCUCACCCAGGACAGCCUUCAACCAGCGCCCUCAUUAUACCAGCAGGAAGAAGCCUGAAGUGGGCUCUGCCAUCAUCUUCUGCCAGCCAUUAGUUGUAAGAUGGAGGAAUGUGACCUCUUCUCACUGGAAAUGCCCCUUUAAUGGACAGGGCGGAUUUGAAUGGAGCUUUUGUCUGUGUCUUUGUCUGUGAUGGACUGCAGCCUGUCAUUGCAGAUUUAGAUUUGUGUGCUCUGAUUCUCAAAGUGGAGCUUUAAAAUAAGACGGAGCUGAGCAUAAAUCAAAAGUGAGAUGCGUGAAUAUUUAUUUUUUUGAACAAUGGGCAACAGAGUAGCAACUGUUGUUGCAUAUCAAUUGUUUGUUUUGUACUUAUUAGCCUUUAAUUUGCAGUUGCUUCAUCCUCCAGCUGUUCCAUCAUUAAUCUUGACCCGCUCUGACAUCUUGGAGAAGAUAAACUAUUAUUAAUGACUUUUUAAAAACUUAUUUCAGGCUACUGCACAUAUAUGUGUUCAUUUGGAUGGCUUGUACUGUCAUUAACAUAAUAAACGGUCCAUAGAUGUCUUUCUAAAAGUAGUCAAUUUUGGAAGAUGAAGAGAAAAAAGACACUGUUAGCAUCUCGCAACAGUUAUUGAAUUUGUCGCUUUCUGUAAUAAACUAUCAAGAUGAAUAUGCUUUGCACUGUAAUGUAAAGAUAAUGCAGAUAUUUGAAAUAUUGUAUGUAUUUUAUAUUCAACAUGUUAACCCCAAAUGUGAAAAAUGUCUUCAGCCUUAUUAGAAAUGCAGGGGUGUAUCCAAAGGGGCAGCCAGAGGUAAGGGCCCCCUUAAAAAAAAUGAUGGCCACCCCAGUUGCCAUCUUAAAAAUUUUGAUCUUAACAGGAAAUUUGCUCUAUCAGAGGCAGGAUAAUGUCAAAAUAAACUAUUUGGACUGUGCUGCAAAAG